AUGGAUAAAAUCUUCGGCUUUUUCAAACAUCAAGAUCACAAACCUGAAGAACAUCAUGAAUAUAUUAAAGAUCACAUUUUCAAAAUUAAUGAAACAAAUGACAACAAAGAAAAACUUAGAAUCCUUAAAAAAAUUAGACGUUAUUUAGAUUUAUUUAAAGAUGAAUGGACUACUCCAAAACCCGUAAAAAAACGCAUACAUACUACAUUACCCAGUAAAACUAAGAUUGAAUAUCCUACUGAAGAGACCGAAAUUCAACGAAUCAUAAAAGAUGCUUAUGAAGAUGGUAAUACUAUUGUUAGAGUUAUUGGAUCUGGACAUUCUGUUCCUGAAGCAAUUCUUGAUGUUUCAGAUAUUGUUGGGGGGGAAAAGAAGAUAAGGUUUUUAUGUUUAGAAAAAUAUCACGGUGUAGAAAUCGAUUCUAAAAACCAUACUGCCACCGUUAAAGCUGGUACACAUCUUAAUCAGGAUCCAGAAGAUGUUGAAAAUUCUACUCUUCAAAACAGUUUUAACUAUAUUAUAGAUCAGGCUGGUUAUGCUCUUCCUGACCUUGGCGGUAUUGCUCACCAAACUGUUGGUGGCUUUAUCUCUACAGGUUCAUCCGGUGGUACUUUAAUCAAUAGUGUUCAUGAUUCUAUCAUUAAAAUUCGUAUUAUUGAUGGUAAAGGUGAUAUUCAUAACCUUUCAAUUGACGAUGCUGAUAAUUCAAAAUUUCUUGCAGCUGGUGUUUCUUUAGGUCUCCUUGGAAUUAUUACAAAGAUUACUUUCAAACUUAUAAAAAAUUAUUAUAUUACUGGUAAUCAAGUUAUUGCUCCAAUUACCCCUUUAUCAAAUGAUUUCAACCUUGGUUGUCCAAUUGAUUUACUUGGUGAUGGUGAUAAAGAAAAAAAAAUUCCAAGUAUUUUUGAAUUUUUUACUAAUUGUAAAGAAUAUGAUGCUGAUUAUGCUCGAAUUUUUUGGUGGCCUCAAGAUGGUGUCAAUCGAUUAACAAUUUGGAAAGCUAAACCUAUUCCUAUUCAAAGUACUGAUGGAACUCCAUUACCUAUUAAUUCUUAUAAUGAAUUUCCUGUUUUUGCUGGUUCAGAAAUUCCUGCUCAAUUAGUUGCUAGUUUGGUGAUGAUAGCUUUAAAUUUAUUCUCAUCAGAGAAUAAAUUUUAUAAAAAAAUUGCUGCUUAUUUAAUAAGUUUAUUUAAUCCAAUUGGUAUUCAAGAAUUUCAAGACAUAUGGUACAGUGGACUACCUGUUUCGGACACGAUUUUUCCAGUAACUUUUAGUGAAUUAUUAUUCCCUAUUGAGAAAACCAGUGAUGUUGUACAUACUUUAAAUAAUUUAUUCAAAUCUGGUGGUCAAAAAGUUGUAGGAAAUUUUGCAACAGAAAUCUAUACUACUAAAAAAUCACAUUUCUGGUUGUCACAAUCAUAUAAUACUGACAGUAUACGAAUUGAUAUUCAAUAUUUUCAAAAAAAUCCUAUUGGUACCCCACGUGAAUUUCUUCAACAAUAUUGGGAUGCUUUUCAGCCUUAUAAUUUUAGAUGUCAUUGGGGUAAAAUUAUUCCUGAAGAAUAUGGCAAAAGGAUUAGAAGUUUAUAUGAGAAAUAUGAUGAUUGGAUGAAAGUCAGAGAAGAAAUGGAUCCUAAACAG